GUCUAACCAGCCCAUCGAGAUCGCAGUGGGCACCCUCAAAGCCAUAGCGUCUGGAUGCGAGUUUGUCACUGAAUCGGACGGAACGUUGACCAGGAGUCACAUCCCCGCAGACGGCAUUAUCUCGGCCGUUGACGACCUUCCCCUGUAUGUCGCCGCAGCAUCAGCAGCAACCCUCACCGGUGAGCCUGAUCGCAGUUUCCGUGCCAAGCGCGACUAUGAAAAGGCGGCAAGCUCCUCCAGCAGGCCAAUAGCGGCGAAAGCAAAGGCGCUGCCCAAACACAAGGCAAAUGCCAAGGUGAAACCAACGGCGGCUCCCGUGAUGGCAGAUGUUGCCAUGGACAAGGACACUGCCGCCCGCGAGGGUAAGCCUUCAUCAGCUGUUGAUCCGGAAAGCGACACGACAGAUGCUGGUGACGAGGCCUCAUCACCGCUGACUUUUGUCACCUUCAUCAAUGCACAAACGAAAGAGCACGGACAAAUGAGCGACGAAGCUCCAUCUCACAUCCGUGUCAGCUCGUCCCAGAUCCAGGGCGCAUUGAAGAACAGCGACACCUACAUGCAGGUUCUCACUACACUGCCACAGAAUCGGGUGCGCCUCCGGGCAAGCUGGUCUUUUAUGGCUCGCAAAAUCCUCACAUUCGAUGGGGAGAUGCGCCUCAAUGGCACAACAGUGGAGCUCAUCGAGGAAAUUGGCCAUAUCGUCGACGACAGUCUACGCAGUCCUGCGUUGCAGUCAGCAGCUACUGAACGGUUGGCAAAGCAGUAUAUCGCCAAGUUGCAGCACGAAACAGAGGCACUUCAAAGGGGUCGCCCGCUGCUGCUGCCGCCCCGCUUUAUCGUGGGUACACUCAGGCCCAAUGGGACGAGUGGAACCGUUCUCAUGGUCAGCAACGCGGCCGGUAUUAGCAAGCCGAGUGGGAUGAGUGGAACCGCUCCCGCCGGCAUUGAUUGUCGUGCUGCGCUUUCGAAUCUAGUUGCGUAA